AUGGCUCGUUUAAACAGAACGACACCAAGGGUUUCUCAUCUGUUAUUCGCUGAUGAUUGUAUAAUCUUUGGAAGGAGUAAUGUGAAUGAGAUUGAUUUGGUGAAUAAUAUUAUUUGUGACUAUGAGGGUGUGUCGGGCCAAUUGGUGAACUUGGAGAAAUCCUCUAUAUCCUUUAGUAGCGGGGUUGUGGAGGCGAGGCAGAUUGAGCUUUCUUGUAGUUUGGGAGUCACUUGGUCUCGUGCAAGAUCGUCUUAUCUCGGUAUUCCAAGCACGGUUGGUAGAUCCAAAAGUGAGAUUUUCCAAAUGUUGAUCGACAGAACUCGAAAAAAGGCGAAGGACUGGAAAAGAAGAUUACUUUCGCGAGCGGGCAAAAUGGUUCUUAUACAGUCGGUUCUCCAAUCAAUCCCGACCUAUAUUAUGAGUUGCUUCGCUCUUCCUGAACAAAUUUACCUACAACUUAACAGUGUGGCUGCCAGAUUUUUUUGGGGUCAAAAAAAUGAGGAAAGGCGAAUACAUUGGAGGAGUUGGAAGAAGUUGUGUACUUGUAAAGGGGAUGGUGGUUUGGGUUUUCGUGAUAUCUCCUUGUUCAACCAAGCGAUGCUCGCUAAACAAGCAUGGAGACUUACUCUUAAUGAGAACUCUUUAUUGGCUCAUUCUUUAAAGGCGAGAUACCAUCCGAGAAAUGAUCUACUCAUGACUAGUAAUGCUCAUUACCCGUCUUUCGCAUGGAAAAGCAUACUAGUUGGUAGAGAUUUACUGGUGAAAGGUAUCGCAUGGAAGAUUGGGAAUGGUGCUCGAGUUGGGAUUGGGAUUGAUUCGUAG